CUGGUUCAUACAAAUGCUUUGUCCACGCCGGUUGAGUGGCAAACGUGUGCAACUUCGAGUAAAUUUUUCUAAAUAGUUUUAUUAUUUUACUCGAAGGAGUUCUGUGUAGUUUGUAUAUAAUACAAAAUAGUCAGAAGGUGUUUAUCUUGAUAGCACACGUUAUUCGACUAGUUUUUGAUCAAAUCGAUCGUGUAUAUUUAUGUAUGUAUGUACAUACUUUUAUGUAUGUGCAUGUGAGUAUUAAAGACUUUUUUGAACAGGUCGAAAACAUAUGUAAAUAAAGCCAUAUAAUGUGCAUACGAAUAAAUCAAAGUCGUACGAAUAUAAGCUAUCAAAUAAUUACCGAGAAAACCAAAUGAAAUAUUUUUCAACAGUGUGGCCUUAACAAAUUCAUUGAAGUGAAAAACAAGUUCCAAAUAUACUUACGAUCGUUUCUUGUCGUACGCAGUAUUCCAUAUCAGAGUUCCCCUAAAAUUCUUGAUAAUUCGGUACACAUAAAUGGCCUAAGGGUGACGCGAGAGAACCCAAAUGCUUUAAACCACACUUUUUCGCCAAACAAUGGAUCUUUUAUGUUCAGAAAAUAUAGUUUACGAAUCUGAUUCAUCAUUGUAUCGAUUAAACAAAUGCCAACAAAAAAUGUCUGCGCCGGUGAUCAUGCGGGAGCCAUCAUCGAUAUGCUCGCCAAUGGGAGCUGUUAAGCCCGAUUCUGAUCCAGAGCCAAGUCCUUCGAACUUCCAACAAGACGAUACCGUUGUUUGCAAUAUGAAGGAAAUUAUGUAUAUAUAUGCAUCGGUAGACUCGGCUACGAAGAAUCCAGAAGAAUUGGAACAGCCACAACCAGCGCAAACUUAUGCGCGUUACAUCAGCAAUCAACCGACGUCACAAACCCAACGACUUCAAGAUUAUCUGACCAAAACAGCCGAUCCGCCCGCAACGGACAACGUGAACACCGCCAUCAGUGAUCCCACAUUGUAUUCAGAUAGGUGCUUGGAGAAUGCCCUCAAGGCCGAGGAGAAACACCACCAAAUUGUCGACACGUACUUCAACAUUCAAAAGGAUAUUACUCCCCCGAUGCGUAAAAUUGUCGCCGAAUGGAUGAUGGAGGUGUGUGCUGAAGAAAAUUGCCAGGAAGAGGUCGUGUUACUGGCUUUGAAUUACAUGGAUCGUUUUCUUUCGAGCAAAUCAGUACGAAAGACUCAUCUACAAAUUCUAGCUGCAGCUUGUCUCUUACUUGCUUCCAAACUCCGAGAGCCAAGCUGUCGGGCCCUUUCCGUAGAUCUACUAGUUGUUUACACGGAUAACAGCAUUUACAAGGACGACUUAAUUAAAUGGGAGCUAUAUGUGCUAAGUCGAUUGGGUUGGGACCUUUCAUCUGUGACUCCUUUGGAUUUCCUUGAGCUUUUAAUGAUGCGACUGCCGAUCGGAAGUAAAAACUUUCCGGACAUUAAUAUUGGAAAAGUAAGGGGACAUGCUCAGGCAUUUAUAUCACUGGCAGCAAAAGAACAUAAAUUUGCCAAGUUCUCGGCCAGCACAAUAGCAGCAUCAAGCAUAGCUGCCUCGAUGAAUGGCUUGAAAUGGCAUCUGCGGUCCGGACAUAACUUACAUUUCCUUUUGAGUCUUAUGACUGACCUAACUAGCGUGGAACAAGCUCAGGUUCAGGAUUGCAUGUUACACAUGGAAGACAUAUUCAAGGAGCACAGUCGAAACCUGCAGCCAUUUCUAGUAAACAUUGAUCCUUCACAAAUGUCAACAUUAUACUAUCAGGGUCGUUUUCAAAUUCAUCAAAACCAGCAUCUAUCGCAAAUCUCACUUAGAAACUUGCCACUGCCGAAAACGCCAGCCGAUUGCGUUGAGCAUCAGCAGCAACAUAAUUUCGGGUCUGCGGCGCCACAUCGAACACAUACGUGCAAAAUGCAGGCGCAGGCUCAAAACGAGUUGCAAGACGUUACAUUUUGAGGUGUCAAAUAGUAAUACAACAUAAUAGUUAUACUAGAUUUAAGAAUAAAAUAAAAUAUAUAUAUAUAUAAAUAUCACACAAUUUUGAAUAUUGUAUAGGAUCACGAUUACACUACAUAUUCCUAUCACUGUAAGAUUGUUCAACAUUACAAUAUUUACAUCCAACCCGAUGUAUUUUUAUGUACCCAACUAAUUUUGUAAUCGAACUAUGGGUUUAUAGUGUAACUAUCAUUAAUAUAGUAGUUAACAUAGCCUAAGAUAAUCAUCAUGAAACUAAAAUGGAUAAAGCGUAAAAAAAAAACGAGACUGAUUGCAAACAGUAAAGCAACAUUUUAUAUUCUGUAUAUAAGUUUUUCGAAAACCUACCCAGAUAACCAAAAAAUAAAAACUAUUAAAA